AUGAAUAUGAAUAGUGAGGGGACGGAAGUGAAGAACCUGCCUUCCUCAACAGAUGGUGGUGGUGGUGGUGAGACAAUUACAAUGGGUAGGUUAGAUGUUAAACACUUCUUACUUGCCAAUUAUAUAUUGCACAAAAUCAAAAUUAUCUCUUUUAUUGUUUAUAUCUGCAAGUAUAAUUUUGCUGCAUGUAUUUGCUCAAAUAAACAAGUUAUGAGAAAUUUUUACAUCCCGCGUUAUGUCACAGUAAAGCAGGCCGGUUAUAGGAAAAACGAAAUACUCAGUCCAAUUAAACGGGCUCGUGUACACACUACAUCUUCUGCCUUGUAG